UGGAGUCGGAGGUCCACGAUGGGGGCGGAGUUGGAGGCUGGAGGUGGGGUUGGUGUCGGAGGCCCACAAUGGGGGCAGAGGUGGAGGCUGGAGGUGGGGUCGGUAUCGGAGGUCGGCGGCGUGGGAGGCUGGCGCUGGGGGUGGUGUCGGAGACCAGCAGUGAGGGUGGUGUUGAAGGCGGGCGGUGGGGAGCCGUGUUGGAGGCCAGCAGUGAGGGGUGGUAUCAGAGGCUGACAAUGGGGGGCGGUGUCAGAGGCCGGCGGUGGGGUCAGUGUCGGAGGUGGGCAAAGGGGUGGUGUCAGAGGCCAACGAUGAGGGAGGAGUCGGAGACUGGCAGAGGGGUAGUGUCAGAGGCCCACGAUAGGGGCAGAGUUGGAGGCUGGGGGUGGGGUUGGUGUCAGAGGCCGACAGUGGGGAAGUGGUGUGUGAGGCCGGUGUGGGAAGCCAGCGCUGGGGGUGGUGUUGGAGGUCGGCAGUGGAGGGUGGUGUCGGAGGCCGGCGGUGGGGGGCGGUGUCGGAGGCCGGCGGUGGGGGGCGGU